AUGCUCGAGGUGGAGCGCCGCAACCCGUACACGGACAUCAACAUACGCACCGAUCCCCGGCGCACCGUAGUGAUGUCCAGCCUGCACCCCAAGUCCUUGGAGGAGGACAUCCGCCUGUUUGGCGAGCAGUUUGGGCGGGUCAUAAGCGUACGCCUCGUCUGCGACAGGAACGGGCGGAGCCGCAGGUACAGCUUUGUUCAAUUUGGGUUGGAGGCGGAGGCACGAAAGGCGGUGGCGAACAGCCGUAAGCGACGGCUACACGGACACGCUGUCGUGAUGGAGAUGGAGCGCGGGCGGCUGGAUCCCGGCUUUUUGCCGAAGCGGCUCGCCUCAGCAAGCCGCCAGACUGCGGGGUCACCGUCGACGGGAGGCGCCAAACAGAAGCGUGUGGAAGGGGGUGCGACGUAUCCGCCGGCAGCGAUGUUGGGAGGAGGCGUGUCAGCCGCGAUGGCAGAUACUCGCGACGAGGUGGACGCCUUUCUGGACGACAUUAUGAAUCUCACAUGA